AUGAGCCCGACGCUCAACACCCUGGAGCAACUUUCUUCAAGCAGCUUGCGUUGGGGAAUGCUGGACACGUACGGCUCAGGAUACCAGCUCUUCCGCGCCUCCACGAGCAUGGAGUAUCAAAACAUGGAAAAGUCCAUGGAGAAGGUCCUCCAAGGGAACUAUGCCUUCAUCUCUUGGAAGACGUAUUUUAGGAACCUAAUUGCACGGGACUACACGGAGCGUAAUGGCGAGACGCAGGUCCACAUCGCCCGUGAAGACUUUUUCCCCGGAGGCUUUGGCUGGGCUUUUCCAAAGGGCUCGCCAUACAGGACGAAGUUUGAUCAGCUGUUCCAAAGAUUAAUUGAAUCUGGGCUCAUUGACAAGUGGAUGUCUGACCUAAUUCAGCUCUCAGCCUCUAAGAAGAGAGACAGGACAGGAAGUGAAAAUGGAACUCAAAGCGACAGAAAUGGCCCCCAAGCCUUUACAAUAUAUCACCUUCAAGGGGUCUUCUUUAUUACAGUAGGGGGUUUCGGACUUGCUGCUGUCACAUUUUUAAUUGAGACUACGAUUUGUAAAUUCAACAAUAACUAG